CUAAUCUCGGAGACAAUGUAGGCGGGGGAGAGCUGACAUGCUCUUGCCGUUGACGGACCCUGCUCUACCAACCGGCCGCGUGCAUCGAAAAGAUCGAGCAGCACACGGAAAGAUAUAUGGAUACACUCUUCUCUUCUCCACCACCAUCUUCGCCACAUCGCCUCUAGCCGUCUGAAGAUUGACCAUUGCCAUGAAGCAAACAGCACUUUCCGUGUCCGUGGAGGACCUGAAGGUACCGUACAAUCAGCUCGUAACGAUCGCCAUUCCUUCAGCUUUUGCGCUCCUCUUUCACCUUGCGGUUCAAUACAGGGAGCCGUAUUCGCACCACUUCCUUAUAGGCCUAGCUAGCACUCUCACGGCCUUGACGGUGGUGCUGCACGAUGAAUGGAAGAUCACGCAUAGCGCCGCCUUUUCGGUCGCCCUUUCCAUGUUUGGGGUCUUCACGGUGACAAUUUUCACCUCAAUGGCGAUCUAUCGAGUAUUCUUCCACCCACUGCGCAAUAUUCCAGGCUUGCUCUCUUGCAAGCUCUCGAUGUGGUCCUGGCCAAUCACCGACUGGUUUGGCACGAGACAGUACAAAAUCCAGGACAUGCACAAGAACCUCGGAGACGUUGUCCGCAUCGGGCCAAGGGAAGUCUCGUGCUCCGAUCCCAGCGCGCUCACUGCUAUCUAUGGUCCCACUGGUGCCGGUGCGAAAACCGUUCGUGGUCCUUGGUAUGGUGCCCAGAGCAUGAUCCCCCAUGUUCACAGUCUUCAAAACGAACCCACUCUUCCCGAGCACAACCGUCGUCGCCGCGACUGGGACCCUGCAUUCUCGACUAAGGCGUUGUCCGGCUACCACGAGAAUAUCUAUCGGAACGCCGACAUGCUUCUGGACCAAAUCGAGAAGCUGUCGAAAAAGGGUCCUUUCGACCUCAAAGAGAGUCUUCUUUGCUUUGGCUUCGACAUGAUGGGCGAGCUCGGAUUUGCUAGGUCAUUUGGUACUCUCAAGGACGGCAAGACAUCGCACGUCGUCCAUCUCGUCGAACUGGGCGUGCGUGCUAUCAACACCAUCGGAAAUGUGCCUUACCUGGCCCACAUCAUGCGAUUCCUCCCAAGCCCAAUUCAGGCCUUUGAGUCCUGGCUCGAGGCAGCCGUGAAGUGGCGUAUGAGCAAGCAGGGCGAGCGUGAAUUCGUCGACGCCGACAUCUUCGCUUUUUUGCUGGGCGAGGAAGGCAAGCAGCGCCGAAAGCUGGACAAGCGCGAGCUCCAACAGGACUGCAUGCUCGUCGUCGUUGCCGGAUCUGACACCACCUCUAACGCCCUUGCUUUCUGCCUCUACGAACUGGCGAGGCAGCCCCGUCUUGUCGAGAUGAUCCGUGAAGAGCUCGAGGUGCACUUCCCGAAUGGCGCGAAGCCAGAGAACUUCGAUGUGCUACGAGACGAUGCGCCGUUGCUCAAUGCAUGUCUCCACGAGGUGCUGCGUCUGUGGCCACCUGUCCCAUCCGGUCUCCAACGUACGACCACGACGGAGAUGACGCUGCCCAACGGUAACUCGAGCGUGGUCGUCCCCCCCAACACCGUGGUCUCCACCCACACGUGGACGAUGCACCGUGAUCCUCGCAACUUCCACAAGCCUAACAAUUUCCUCCCUGAGCGAUGGAUCAACGAGCCAAAGAGCAAGCGCGAGGUGCACAACGCCAAGGCAUGGUCGCCCUUCGGUUUCGGUACGACGAGCUGCAUCGGCAAGAACCUAGCCUACAUGGAAAUGAGACUCGUUCUCGCGCAGUUCAUCAUGCGUUUCGACUUUACCAUGGAGCCGGCCGAUGCACAAGACUUCAGGGACUCGAUUCGGGACCAAUUUGUCUCUGCUGCUGGCCAGAUGAUCUGCAGCGUAUCGCCAAGGCACCAAUGGUAAGCUCUCAGUAGAUCAGUACAUUCCCUUAAGCGCAGGAUUUUUUCUUCUUGUCACCUGUCCAUCCAUUAUUCUCGAAUUCCAAUGCAGUGAUG